AUGGCUCCUCUACUAGACGACCCAAAUUUUGCAGUCCUACCUGACUUUACGUUAAAUGAUCACAGAGAGGCUAGGGCACAACUCACCGCCAACGGUAUCGCGAACGAUGCCCAAGCAGCAGAAGUGUUAGCAGCGCUAUGGACCAUGAACAACAACGCAGCACGGGAUCUAUGGGCGGAACAACUUAUAGAAGCCGCUAGAGACACUGAAGAAAUUCAGCGCCUAGCAGCCGAAGAAGAACAAGAACGCCAACAGACCAUCGCGGAAGAACAAGAAGCAGCUCAUAAAGAGGAACAGAAGAAGAACAAAGCCAAAUUUGUUCCCAUAGGCAAAACCAAAGUACCAUCUAUCCCAGUCAUCAUACCUUCCCACUACGCUGUAUGGAAACUGAAAGCAGGUGACUACUGCGAACUCUACUACUUCACCAACAAGGGCUUGAAAGACGCCAAGAAGACCCUGCUCUCCACAGAAUCUCCAGGUCUAACACUAACGACAACAGCGGACGGCCGACAAACUUGGGUCAACGCUGACGAGACUCGCGACCCAAAAGCCGUCGUCACCAAAGACGAGAAUCUGUCAUGGGAGCACUUCAAUGAAGCUGCACCCCGCAUGAUUGCAGCUAUGAAACAGCACGAGUGGCCAGAGGACAGAGUCACCAUGCAUAUUCAAUUCUGGACAGCCCUUCAGAACCAUCGCUGGAGACAUGCUUUUGACAUGUUAAAACAACGCGCACUACUUCUAUAUCAAAGCCAGCAAUGUCGGCUGUGGCACCUAACAGCGGGCGGCCCGCAUGGCUGGAGCAUAGCAGAGCUAAAUCAAGAUCUCAUCCUUGAAGCUAGAGAAGAAAUCUUCAACGAAGACCGCAAUCUAACCCUCGCCGCACUCAAACAGGUACGGAUGUCCAAAGUUCUAUCCUUGCAAACCUAA